CAUAGACUGCGCACCCUGCUGCGUCGCAGCUUUGGACCGCGAACGCACGAAGGUGGUUCGACUCCUGCUACCGUUUCGCUGCUUGUGUUAAGCUUUGCUGGUCUUCUCCAGACGCCCUGCCCGAUACCCACAUGCCCUCGCUUUGAUAGACUAACAGCCAUCCCCCUUCUCUCGCCGUGCCUAUUUCGCUUUACGCGUGCUUAUAGAUUUUUGUUUCCCCUUCGCCCAAGAAUCUCCGUUUUCAUGCCGGUGCUUCUUUAACCGGGUGACCGAAGAUACCCUUUUGUCCUUUCUGUUCGUUUGUGCAGGCACCUAUAAUACUUUGCCAUUUUUUGUAACUCUCGUGAAUUAUAGCCACCUUCAGCAGGCUCUGAAUAGCAGGGGCAUCUAAUCUGGCACCUUCGCCUUUUACGCACCUACUCUUUAUUUAUCAUGUCCCAAACCACAUCCCUCACAGGCCGUGAGCGGUCAAGAUGGCCGCCACUCACACGGAUGCUCAUGUCUGGCGAGAUGUCAGAAGACAAAGGUCGUCAGUUGACCCGCAAAGAGAGGUUCGACGUGUGGAUGGUCAACGAAGGUUAUAGACGACUGUUCGUGUUCACAUUUGCGAUAUUGCACGUUAUGGUUUUCGUGUUUGGUAUGAUGAACUACGGAUUGAAGGACAAUUCGAUCGGCACACGAGCAAAAUUCGGUAUAACGUUUCCCAUAGCACGUUCGGCAGCAUUGACACUACACGUCGAUGUAGCCUUCAUUCUCUUCCCUGUGUGCAGGAACCUCAUCUCCAUGGCACGUCGUACGCCACUGAACGACAUCAUCCCCUUCGACAAGAACAUCACAUUCCAUAAGCUUGUCGCCUGGGCCAUUGUUUUCUUCUCCUGGGUCCACACCAUCGCCCAUUGGAACAAUCUUGCCCGAUUCGCUGCAUUUAACGAACUCGGAUUCAUGGGCUUCAUCCUAGCUAAUCUCGCCACAGGACCUGGCUGGAGUGGUUAUGUCAUGCUGUUCGCUUUGAUGGCCAUCGCCAUUACUGCUGCUGAGAAGCCGCGCCGCGCCAACUUCGAGCGCUUCUGGUACACGCACCACAUGUUCAUCGUCUUCUUUGUCUUCUGGUCCAUCCACGGCGCGUUCUGCAUGAUUCAGCCCGACUUCGCGCCCUUCUGCGACGGCAUUGGUGUCUUUUGGGAGUACUGGAUGUACGGUGGAUUCGCAUAUCUCGCUGAACGAAUUGCUCGUGAGGUACGCGGACGCCACAAGACGUACGUAUCCAAGGUUAUCCACCACCCUAGCAACGUCUGCGAAAUUCAGAUCAAGAAGGAGCACACCACAACCCGCGCCGGUCAGUACAUCUUCCUCUGCUGCCCCGAGGUCUCGAUCUGGCAGUACCACCCCUUCACUCUUACUUCCGCCCCCGAAGAAGACUACAUCUCCGUGCACGUCCGUAUGGUCGGUGACUUCACCCGCAAGCUCGGUAAAGCCCUUGGAUGCAACCUCGACAAGAAGGCCGGCGGUGAGAAGGACCAGAACUCCGAGGAAGUUGCCAUGCGCCAGAUCCUGCCCCGCGUGUACAUCGACGGCCCAUUCGGUUCUGCAUCUGAAGAUGUCUUCAAGUUUGAAGUUGCAGUCCUGGUCGGUGCCGGUAUUGGUGUGACACCCUUCGCCUCCAUCCUGAAGAGUAUCUGGUACCGCAUGAACUACCCACAGAGCCGCACAAGGUUGAGGAAGGUAUACUUCUUCUGGAUCUGCCGUGAUUUCGGUUCCUUCGAAUGGUUCAGGUCUCUCCUUCUCGCUAUCGAAGCCCAGGAUUUGGAAGAUCACAUCGAGAUCCACACCUACCUUACCGCCAAGAUCAAAGCCGACGACGCAACAAACAUCAUGAUCAACGACGCCAACGCCGAGCAAGACGCCAUCACGGGUCUGCGCGCGCCGACAAACUUCGGUCGCCCUAACUGGGACAUGAUCUUCAAAUCUAUCCGCAAGAUUCACAGCCCUGCGGAAGCGGGUGUGUUCUUCUGUGGUCCGAAGGGUCUGGGAAGUACGUUGCACGUCAAGUGUAAUAAGUGGAGUGAGCCUGGGUUCAGCUUUGUUUGGGGUAAGGAGAAUUUCUAGACGCAGCGAGUUCUGGUGGAUAGAGUGUUGGCGGUGUGAAGGUAUCCAAUAUGUUAUGGACGAUGAAGAACGGCGGAUGAUAUCACGCAUAUUGCAAGCUAUAUUAUUGUACAUAAUUGGCGGUGAUUUUCCUUUUCGGCCAGAUGCUCGCUCGCACUGUGUGCAGCAGAGGUAUCUGGUCUCUUACGAUACCAUAGACGACUGUAGCGAACGCAAGAUUGAC